ACACACAGGAGCUCGCAGCCACCCGUAUAUAACACACAGCGCACACAGCUCCGCACUUACUGCACCAACAUGGCCACCAAAGUGGAGAUCAGAGUCAAUGACCAACACGCCAAGAUGGCAGGCGCCAAGGAACAUGCCCUGGCUGUCACCCGGGAUUACAUAUCCAACCCCAGACUCUGUUACCGGACAGUGAGUGGUGUCAAUGGUCCAUUGGUGGUUCUGGAUAAUGUGAAGUUUGCCCAGUACGCAGAGAUUGUGCACUUCACCCUCCCCGAUGGAACAGUGCGUAGCGGUCAAGUCCUAGAGGUUGUAGGACUGAAAGCCAUUGUCCAGGUGUUUGAAGGCACAUCUGGGAUAGAUGCCAAGAAAACCACUUGCGAAUUCACGGGGGACAUCCUAAGGACACCUGUUUCCGAAGACAUGCUGGGACGGGUUUUCAAUGGUUCGGGGAAACCUAUAGACAAUGGUCCUGCUGUCAUGGCUGAAGAUUUCUUAGACAUCAAUGGUCAGCCCAUUAACCCUUAUGGGAGAACAUACCCGGAGGAGAUGAUACAGACUGGGAUCUCCCCCAUUGAUGUCAUGAAUAGUAUCGCCCGAGGACAGAAGAUCCCCAUCUUCUCUGCAGGUCUACCCCACAAUGAGAUUGCAGCUCAGAUUUGCAGACAGGCCGGCCUCGUGAAGAAAUCCAAAGACGUCAUGGACUACCAUGAUGACAACUUCGCCAUUGUGUUUGCCGCGAUGGGUGUGAAUAUGGAGACCGCCAGGUUCUUCAAGUCUGACUUUGAGGAGAAUGGAUCCAUGGAUAAUGUGUGCCUGUUCUUGAACUUAGCCAACGAUCCAACCAUUGAGAGGAUCAUCACGCCUCGCUUGGCCCUCACAGAAGCCGAGUACCUGGCCUACCAGUGUGAGAAGCAUGUCCUGGUCAUUCUUACAGAUAUGAGCUCCUACGCUGAAGCUCUACGAGAGGUCUCGGCAGCUCGAGAGGAGGUACCUGGUCGACGAGGUUUCCCUGGAUACAUGUACACAGACUUGGCCACUAUCUAUGAGCGAGCCGGCCGAGUGGAGGGCAGAAGUGGAUCUAUAACCCAGAUACCAAUCCUCACAAUGCCUAAUGAUGAUAUCACUCACCCCAUCCCUGACUUGACCGGCUUUAUUACAGAAGGACAGAUCUAUGUGGACAGACAACUACACAACAGACAGAUCUACCCUCCGAUCAACGUGCUGCCAUCUUUGUCCCGUCUCAUGAAAUCUGCUAUUGGGGAGGGGAUGACCAGAAAAGACCAUGGGGAUGUGUCUAACCAGCUG